CCACGUUUCUACACAAGUUUUAAGAAACCUAUAUUUGUUUAUAAUCUAGUAAAACACAAUGAUAAAGACGUGCAUUAUUCUUGGUAUUCUAUCAUUUUCCCUCGCUGAUAAUGUGAAAUUCAAGGACUGUGGUUCCGUCUCGGGGAAGAUAGAAAGCGUUGACGUUAAGCCAUGUCCGUCAGAACCUUGUCAACUGAAGAAAAACUCCAACGUCACAAUAUCCCUCGACUUUACGCCGAGUGCCAAUUCGGCCACUUUCAAGACAGUUGUCCAUGGAAUAAUUGGAGGGGUACCUGUCCCAUUUCCAACCUCUAAUGGGGCAGUCAACCCCCCUGUCCCCGUCCAACCAAACCAAAAAGUUACCUACACAAACUCCAUCUUUGUCGAACCAGCUUAUCCUAAGAUAUCACUCCUUGUAAAAUGGGAAAUUCAAGACGCUUCAGGAAAGGAUUUUGUGUGCUUUGUCGUUCCUGCGAUGAUAGUCGGAUAAACCAAUAUAAAGAAUACAGAUAAAAAUGCGUUUUUGAGUAUUGUGAUUUAUAACUUGAU